AUGAGUCAAGGCAAUGAAAUAAAAUCCAAAACGGAGUCCAACGUUCUCGAAAGUGGUCCGCAGAUUGUUGAAAUAAGUUUUCCGGACGAUGGUUUGUACACGGGACCAACGACCAAAACAGCAACCCGCGCGGAAGAUGGUAGCAUAAUGAGUGAUGACGAGAAUAGAACCCUGACAACACUGGAAGCACCGCCAAAGCCCCCAAUCGAAGUACCGAAUGCGGGGUCAUCGGAUGCCGCGCGGAAGCUUUUAAAGCAGGCGCAGGAACGGAAGCUUCCCAGUGUAAAGAGCAGCGUCAGGAAGGACGGAGUCAUGCACCACGCGCCGAAAAAGCAGAUGAUCGUAUCGAAACCCGCAGUCAGACUUCCCUCGAAGGAGGACCUGAUACAGAAAAUUCGCGGCCGUCUGAGCAAGUCGAUUGAACCGAAACCAGAGUCGAUCACACCGGCAAAACCCAAGACGCUCGACUCGAGCGGAGCGAUCGAGAUCCCCACGGAUAUGAUUCUGAGCAGUGACAUUCCUGCGACAACGCUGCCUUCGGCCGAAGCUGACGAAAUCGAGCUAGAGGAUCACGAUCUGAUUGCGAUCCUCGAGGGUAAUGAUGUCGAAAUACGUUGUGUUGCCAAAGCAAGCGGACGUAUCGAGGAAGACGAAGACGAAACGAUGGUGGAGGAGAUGCAAAUUACGAUCAUGGACGGUGAAGAGAUGCAUCAGGCGCAACUUGCGCGGGACAAGGAGAUUGCCCGAAGGCAGAUCGAAAGUCUUCCGACGCUACAGAAGGGUCGACCUCGCAGUCGAACGAAGCUCGAAGAUGCUCCAGAACUGCAGCAAGCGAACACAACAACAACGAAUAACAGCCCAGUUGUGCACUCGAAACCAAUUUCGGGCGGAGUAACCAUUGGACAAACUACGAUACGGGCUAUUCCAAAGAAGACGACCGUUGCACCGUUGGACACUCCAUUGGCAACAGACAGUGGUCAGAUCGUGGUAAAACAGGAGUCAAAGCCGAAACACAUCGAAAAGCUCAUACAGCCUACUAGGAAACCCUCCGAGAUAAAGAAACCACCGAAGGUAGCGGUUCCCAAGGCUGCUGCUGCUGUUCAGAGUGAACUAAGUGUGGCGAAACUAAUCAAAUCUCCCUACCGAAACCCAGUCGUCGUGGUGAAAAAAAGCCCACUGAUCGAUUCGCUCGUCUCCGACUGGGAUGAGGAGCAAGUUGUGAUGGCGCCGGAACUGAAGACAGAAAAAGAUACGGUCGCCGGAAAACCAUCUCAGUCUACCGCCAUGUCGGCGACACAAGAGGAUGGCACACAGUUUAUCGCUCCUUCGUCAACGAUCGAACCAGUGAAGCGAGUUAAAAAGAAAAAAAUCAUAUGGGACCCGUCCGAUUCGAGCAUACCGUUCGCAGCGCUGGUUAAGGCGGGCCGCAACCAACAGCCAACGGGAGAAUCAACAUCCAACGUGAGACCGACCGACCCUGGUACGGCGACGAUGCGACGAAAGCGAGCCGAUUCUGUCGCCGUUCAUAUGAUUGAGGAACGAUCGCGUCGCGUCGAUCACGUUCCUGUGGAGCGUAAACGUGCGCUAACACCCGAACCGAUCAAGACCACCGAGGAAGGGUUUCCGAAGCACACGUUAAAACCCGAACCAUCGCCAGUUGUGAUCGAUCUGAAGGCAAAAAAGCGCAAGAACGAAAUCGAACGGUUGCUAGGAGACGAGGGAGCGAUCAACAUGCUGUACGAUGUGGAGUGCGAAACGACGCGCAAGGAUCUACUCAAGGACGGUGAGGUCGACACGAGUGACGAGGACGAAAAGUUGCUGGCAAAGACAAAGAUCAUCACCGAUGUGGUCAUCAAGCAGAGCAAGCUGCCGAACGAGAACUCUUCCACGUCACAGGCGCUUCGGGUGCGCACGAAACGCGCAUCAACGCCGUCACAAUCACCGAGUGGUGGAGGCUUGGAGAUUCGAUUGUCCGAAAGUCCGAAGGCGAUGGCAGCGGAAAUAAAAGUGGCCAACAAUAACAACAACAACAAUCCGACGACGGCCAGGGCUACGGCCACUAGAAAACGGAAGAACACGUCGAUCGGCAAAGGCUGGGAUUAUGUGUAUAACGCGCAGGGCGGUGAAGAUGCGAUGAUCAUACGCCGACGAUCGAACAGUUCUUACUCAAGCAGUGCCAGUUCUCGGCGGUUGAGCAUCGAUCUUUCGGCGAGCGAAAAAGCCGCCACACCAGUUGCUCCAUCCGAACGACAAGAGGAGCCGCCGGCUGCGGACACCAACAAAGAGAAGUUCCUGUUCGCAAAGCCGACGAAAAAAACUGCUUCACCGCCGGAAGUGAAGGUGGACGUGAAGCUACUCAGUAGCAUGAAGGAUGUGAUGAGUAAAGCGCUCAAGAUCGGGGCACUGAAACAGGACACAACCAAAGGCAAAGCUCGAUCCACACCGAAUCGUAGCAAGUCGGCUCCGAAGGGCUCGGAUGCAAUAGUGAAUGGUUCCGAUCAAACGCUGCAGAAGCACCUGGAACAGUUGAAGGAGCUUGUUUGCACCAAGUAUGACUCAUUCGUUGAGCUUGGUCUUAAAACGCAAGGUGUCAGGGUGGACCUCAGCAGCGUGGCCGAACACGAAACGAACGAACCGCUGCAGGAUGUAUUCUCGUUCGUGGUUAUGAACGAGCUACGGGAAACGCUAACCCUGCUGGAGAAUGAUGAGUCCGUGCAUGCUGUGCUUUUACGAUCGGAAGGAACCAACUUCAGUCGAGGGCUGGACGUCGGGUACCUGAUCCAGCCGCCCGAAACACUGGAAGAGACCGCCCAGACAAUGAGCGAGUGUUUGAAAAACUUCCUUAAAGUGUUGCUCAGCUUUAGUAAACCGAUCGUUGCCGCAAUCCACGGAGAGGUGAUAGGAAUGGGGGUCAUGUUGCUGCCCACUUUCGACCUCGUCAUCGCCCAGAGUGGAACCAUGCUGUCGGCACCGUACGGACACUUAGGCUACCUCCCGGAGGCCCUGAAAGCAUUCUCCAGCUGCCAAACAGUGCGCAACAAAGCGAUAACGGAGCUGUUGCUUUUGGGAAAACGGAUCACCUGCUACACCGGCCUCGAGUACGGGCUCGUAACGGACGUGGUAAUCCCGGAACGUCUUUACACUCGUGCGCGCUCGCUGACGAAAACAUUGGCCACUCGUUCUGCCCAGGCGAUCCAGUCAACCAAGAAACAUCUUCGCUAUGAGCUUCUGAUGAAUCUGGACACAAUUUUAGCGCUAGAGCAAAAGCAACACGCCAAGCAAUGGACAACAGCCGAAUGCCAAACAAUGUUCAAGAAGUUCGUUGAGAAGGGUGGUGUUUUGUAAGAAAACGCUUUUGGAACACAGAACGAUGCAGGAUUGUAUUUGCUAGUUUUUAUUUCAUGUUUUUUUCUAUUGGAUAAAACUUGUGUAACACUUUCAUCAAGGAACUGAAAGAAGCCAACAGAGGCUUCACCUGGUCAAGGGGGUACAGCGAGCAGUCGGCUGAGAUGGAAGCCUUACCAUAGGCCCUAUGCACCGCUAGAAAUGCACAGGCCGCCUGAAUAAGUAAGCAAACAGGCACUGAGCAUAUGUUAAAUUUAAGCAAUGUAAGUCGCAAUGUUGCGCCAAGAAGAUUAGGAAAACGUUAUCGGUCCCCCGAAACAACCAAUCCAACAGUGCCUAAGCCUCGCCCGUACCUGUUACAGUUCCUUUUCAACAUUCAUGAUUGAUUCGACUGGUUACGGUGUAAGGAGUCGUACAUAUCGCAUUAUCAAACACUGGUUAUGCGUUAAUCAUCCCGCAAUCCCGUGCUCGUAAUAAAGCAAACAAUAUUAGGUUACUAUAAAAAGAAGUUUAUUUUCUACUGGUAAAGUGCAAAUAGGUAAUGU